AUGGUUGAAGAAACUACUCAGAUCAGAAAUUUAUCAUCAGAUGAUUUAUGGUUAAAAAUUAUAAAUGAAGGUAUAGAAGAUCGUGUUGAAGUUAACCAAAGAAUGUUAAUUGAUAAAAUGUUAGCAAGAUAUUCGUCGGAUUUUGUUGUUUAUCGUGAAUUAAUACAAAAUUCGGAUGAUGCACAUGCAACUUCAUUUAUUCUUCAAAUAAAAUGUGAUCUUAAUUCAAAUAAAAAUUCAAAUGAAUCCAAUUCUUAUUUAGAAGAUAUGGAACAAAUAAUGAAUAAUAAAUUUGGUAUUAAUCAAACAUCUAGUUUAUCUGAAAAUGAUUUUCAUAAUUGUUUAAUAAAUGAAAUUCGUACAAUUAAUAAUGGAAAUAUAUUUAAUGAAGAUGAUUGGAAAAGAGUUAUAACAAUAGCUGAAGGAAAUACAAAUAUUGAUGCUGUUGGACAAUUUGGUGUUGGUUUCUUUUCCGUUUUUUCUUAUUCAGAAAAACCAAUGAUACAAUCAGGAAACCAUUGUUUAGCUUUUGCUUGGCAAAAUGGUAAAUCGUUAACAACAUUUCGAAAAGAAUUAUCUCUACACGAACAAUCAUCAUCAACUUCAGUCAUUCUUCCAAUGAAAACUAAAUAUAUUCUGCAAACUAAAUCAAUAUUAGAUAAUAAAUCAAAUAAAGAUCAAAUAAAACCUAUUUUUAAUUUAAUACAAUUAAAAGCUUAUUUAACUAAAGUUCUUUCAUUUACUAGACAUAUUAAUGAAAUUAUUAUUCAAAUUAAUAAUGUUAAGAUUUUUCAAGUAAAUAAAAUUAAGAAGCCAUUAUUAUCAAAAAAUUUAAAAUCAAAUAAUCAGCAAAAUUUCUUAAAUUUUAAAUUAUUUACUCAAACGGAACAAACUUUUAAUAUUAUGAAUGGUCCAUCGAUUACUUUGAAUCAUAUUGAUGUUGAAUCAGAAGUUAAAAUUGAUGAUGAACUUCAUAAAAAAAUUGAAAAUGUUCUAAAAAAACGUUUACCUUCAAUUAUUCAUAUUGAACUUUUAUUUCCAUCGAAUCAAAUACUUGAAAAAGAACAAUGGAAUAUUUUAACAAAUAAUCAAAUAUUAAAAGAUUUAAUUCCAUUGAAAUAUUCUCAAGAAAAAUAUUCUCCAUCAGGUCAAAUAUUUAUUGGUUUAGGCACACAUCAGUCAACAGGUGUUGGAAUGCAUAUCUAUAGUCAUUUAAUUCCAACAAUUGAACGUGAAAAUAUUGAUAUACAAGAUCCAUAUAUAUCAAUAUGGAAUGAACAACUUCUUAAAUCUAUUGGAUAUAUUAUUCGAUUAAUUUAUGAUCAAACAAUGCUUGAUGCUAUUAAUAAUCAUUUACAACAUCUUAAUGCUUGA